GAAAAGCAUUAUUGCCCACCAAUCCCACGUGCACCGCGCCAUAUAUGACGCCAGAAUACUUGAUGAAGACAACGUGUCACUGGUAUUCAGUCCAAAAAGCGAUGUGUACUCUUUUGGAGGGAUCAUGCUGCAGGUUUUGGAGGGCAAGAUCCCAUACCAUUUUCUUGCCAGAUAUGAAGCCAUAAUUCACUGCAUGUCGCAAGGAAUAAGACCCAGAAGGCCGCCUGCACCUGUUGUAGGUGAUAUUGACUGGGAGUUCAUUCAGAGUUGUUGGUCACGGGAUAUGGAGCAUCGAGAAACCAUCCUAGAAUUUGUGGAAGGACGGGCUGUCCUGAAUUAGUCAUAGGUUACUACAUACCGUAGAACAAAUAUACAUAUUAUGAUAGCCACCGAGCGAUUUUUGAUCCGUAAACA